CUGGGAGAGGAAAGGGGUGAAUUCAUGUUUUCAGGUCUUUCCUGCUCUCCUGGCAGCCCAAGUUCCCAGCAACUGUAGGCCAAAGGUGCUGGAGUAGGGGUGUGACAGGACCAGCCCCUGAGCCUGGUCAGCCUGUAAGUGCUGGGCAGUCAUGGCGCUCACUCGGAGGCAGCCUCACCCUCGGCCUCUGCUCCUCCUGAUACUGAUGUGGUUUCCCAGAGGAAGCCUGAGUCUGGGUGAGUGAAACUCCCGCAAUGGAUGCCCUUGGCCAAACCAGAGGCCCUCGGGUGCCCCCGGAACCCAUCCCAUCUCCUGACCUGGGAGAGUGAGAGAGGGGAGGGAGGCCCCACAGAGUGGCCAAGCCCACUUUGCUUCUCACCUUUGUCCCCUAUGGCUACAGACCUGAUCCCCUACACGCCGCAGAUAACAGCCUGGAACCUGGAAGGGAAGGUCACGGCCACCACGUUCUCCCUGGAGCAGCCUCGGUGCAUCUUUGAUGAGCAUGCCUCAGCCAACGACACCAUCUGGCUAGUGGUGGCUUUCAGCAAUGCCUCCAGGGACUUCCAGAACCCACAGACCCCUGCUAAGAUCCCGGCCUUCCCACAGCUGCUGACUGACGGCCACUAUAUGACAUUGCCCCUGUCCCUGGAUCAGCUGCCCUGUGAGGACCUGACGGGUGGCAGUGGAGGUGUCCCUGUGCUUCGGGUGGGCAACGACGUCAGCUGUUACCAGCAACCCUAUUGCAACGCUCCCCUCCCGAGCCAGGGCCCUUACAGUGUGAAGUUCCUUGUGAUGGAUGCCGGUGGCCCACCCAAGGCUGAGACGACGUGGUCCCAUCCCAUUUAUCUCCACCAAGGGAAGGCCUCCAGCUCCAUUGACACGUGGCCCGGUCGGCGCAGCGGCUGUAUGAUUGUCAUAACAUCCAUCCUCUCUGCUCUGGCCGGCCUUUUGCUCCUGGCUUUCCUGGCAGCCUCCACUAUGCGUUUCUCCAGCCUGUGGUGGCCCGAGGACACCCACGAGCAGCUUCGGAUUGGUUCCUUCAUGGGAAAACGCUACACAACUCACCACAUCCCCCCCAGCGAGGCUGCCACACUGCCUGUGGGCUGUGAGCCUGGCCUGGACCCUCUUCCCAGUCUCAGCCCAUAGCCUGGCCUCUGCAGCUUGGGGCUGGAGUGAAGGGCAGAGAGCAAGUGCACAGGUCUCGUGUGGGGUGGGAUGG